AACGAAUAGCACAAAUUGUCAUACAUGUAAAUACAGAUGAAUACAUUUUCGGAAAUGUAUUAACAUUUUUUGAAAAUAAGACGCGAUGUCUCUCUGAACACUAGACUUAGCAGCACUAAACUGGACGCGUGUAACAUAUUUCUCCAAUGUGUCAAGGACAUUGAGGCACUCACUUUCGCCCGUGUUUGCUCGCAGAAGUGAUUGACGUGUGCGCCGGAAGUCCCUGCGUGUUCGAAUGUGUCCCGGCUGGCCAGAUGUACUCCUGCGGAUGUCCCCCGGGCUACCAGUUGAUUGGCGAAGGGCACUGCAUACAGACCAUCUCUCUCUCUGAGUACAAGAACAUGUUCCCUCCCGGCGUGAACCUGCCCGACGAGUCGUCCCUGGGGACCGGGGAGCUUCCCCCGGGCGAGGUCUGCUACUCGUGUAACAUCGGAGACGCCCGAUUGGAAGUGCCAUUGUCGAAAAGAACAAAAAGAGGUAUCGUGCAGAAUGAAGUAUCCUCCCCCCGUAAGUCUCUCAUACGAGACAAUGUCAACGAGGAAACAGUAGAGGAUAUCCAUACACCCAAUAUAUUUCGUCCGAAACUACUGCGGGUAACCAAACGUGCUGCUGUACGUCAAAGGGGCAACGUACGACGCCACAGCAGGCGUCAGAGCAACACCAAUGGUCAUCUUGAAUACAGGGGUACGGAAAAUGAACAUCUUAACGCCACCCAACCACUGGCAGUCUACGUUCACCUAUCGGACGUGGACAGAAAGACUGAUCUGGUCAAAACACUCCCAACGCUUUCCAUUCUACAGGGAAAUGUAAAUUAUACAGUCACUAACAGAGCCGAUGUAAUUUUCUUCCUCAAAGAGAAAAACGGGAUCAACUCGUUGCACGCCGAGCAUAAAAAGCUGUCCAAGGGAAUGUCCUAUCAUAUUGAUAUUGAGGCUCUACCAGUGGACGAUGACGUCACGUUAUCGGGCCAUGACGUCCGUCUUGGUAAAACUGUGUUUAGGUUCUUUGUUUACGUGUUGUAACAAUUAUAAUACUUAGAAGGUAAUUAUUAAAGCUUUGAUGACAACGCGCUUGUAUGCGAGGAGUAUAAUGCCAGUUUAUGUACUUAUAGGAGUAUGUUUAUGAAGUUGGAGUUAUCCGAUCUUAGACAUUCAUGUAUAUAUAUGUUUACAUGGUGUAAGUGUUAAAUUGCGUGUUCAUACAGGUCAAGGCCAGUACAUGUUUAAGGCACAUUUAUAUUUUUAUAUAGCACAUUGCAUAAGAAAACACAUUUUUCUUUAGUAUGCAUUUACCACAUGCAAAUUUGUGAUGUAUAAAUGUGCAGUUAGAAUGCAUUACAUCUUUAAUCGUAUUUUCAAUACAAUAUUGUUACAAAAAGUUGUUACUUUAUUUUGCUCUAA